UCGUUCUCUCUCUCUUGCCCCCACACACACACUCGUCUCCACCACCUCCUCCUUCUUGCACCCUGCCCGAUCGAGAGGGAGAGAGGGAAGAUGAUGAAAAAGAAGUAAAAGAGAAGGGAGCUGGGGGGGAUCUUAUUUUCUUAAGAGCGGAAAGGCGUCACACCGGGUGCAGAGCGCAGCACGGAGGACGGAAGAGAGGGAGACGCAUCACGGGUAGAGAGUGAUAGGAAAGACGGAGGGAGGAGGCGACAGCGAGUCGUAAACACGACAGAAAACGGCGAAUAGGACGGCAGACAGCGGCGAUCACCCCCCACCGCCACCCCCGUGUCCCUCCUCAUCUCUACAUCUCCAUCCCUUUCUGCAUCGUUUGGCUCAUUCCUUUGCGCACCAAAGCAGCUCGGUGUUUUGUGUGUUUUUAAUCUCUUUAUUUGAAUCUUCUCUGGACAAACCGCUGCUCGAUCUUUCGUAGAAUAAACAUCAGCGGCAAGAGAGGAGGCUGAGCCAUCACCACGACCGACAGGAUCCACCGUAGGUCCUGCUCGGGACGAUCAUCGGCGCAUCUGAUCCGGCGGAUAAAAGCGGAGGGGGGGGAGGAAAACACUGCGAGAUGACUGUAGAGUCACACCGCUGAGGCAGAGACUAAGAGAGACCCCGGCCCCCGGUUAUCACCGAGUCUCCAGCAUCACUGAUGCGAUGGCAUAGCGGCGUCUGCAGCAAAACUACCAGACUAGACUCAGAUCAGCAGGGCUCUCAUCAACCAUGAACCUCUGAAAUAUCCGACACAGGCACAGAUGGGCAGCAUCGCAGGGAAGAGGAAGGUUGCAGCAAUAGACUGGCAACGACUGGUGACAUGAGCACAUUGGAAUAAUUUCUACAAUCAUGUCUUGGCUUAGAGGUACCUGGGCACCACUGAGUCCACAGAAAACACCCACACGAUGCCUGCGGUUACUCUGUUUGAUGAAAAUGCGGCGGCACAGGGUGUUCUUGCUGUGCACGGUGGGCCUGUGCGUCAUCUCCUUUCUCCAUUACUACAAGGCCCUCCACUAUGUCUCCCUGCUGCGUGAGCUCUCCGCCCCGUACCCCAACAUUAAGUCCUUCAUCAUGGUCACUGGCUUCUUCUGGAGGGAGAAGGGUGUGGCUGCCACCCCACUCAGCCCCGCGUCCCCUGAAGAGGCCCCUCCCCUACCUGUUAUCCGCCAAAUGGACACCAAAGCUAGAGGCAUGGCGGGUGCUGUGGGAGGAGGAGGAGGAGGAGGAGGGAUGGGUCUUGGGAUUGGGGGGGUCAUGGUUGGAGGUGCUGGGAUUGUUGGCAGCGCAGGACUGGAGAUGAGGCUGAGGGAGGAUCCGGUAGCCCCUCACCCCUGGGAGAAACCAGAGGAGAACCAGCGGGGAGACUCUCCGAAUGAGGAGAGAGCUGAAGACCAUUUGAAGCCGCGGAACCCCAGCCACCAAACUCAACCUGCUGGGCCUGACCUCCCAGAGGUCCCAUUGGACGGAAAAGGUAUCCGCAAGGAUAAAUUGUCAGACCCCUUAGACUCCAUGGGAGAUCUUCACACUCGCACUCACCAGCUUCAGGAUGACAAAACACCCUACUUUGUCCGAACCAAAGCUGGAGCUCUUUGCUUCAGGCAGGGGACAGAGGUGGCUACCCCAAAGGAGUACUCUGGGAAAUCAGGGGGCACUGCUGCCAAUGGAGCUGGGGAAGGUGCUCGGGCUGGGGCUGCUGGGCAACGGAAACCUCUGGAAGUCCAGCAGCAGCCCUCCAUAGCACCAAAAGCCAAGGCGAGGGCCAGGGGCAAUGGGAAGCGGCUGGUCAAGUGCGUGUGUCGGCCAGGAUGGCAUGGACCUUACUGUGGGGUUCCCACCAUGGUGUACCACUCCAAUCUGCCAACCAAGGAGAGGCUGACACCCAGAGAGACCCCACGGAGGGUGAUCAAUGCUAUCAACAUUAACCACGAGUUUGACCUGCUGCACGUACGCUUUCACGAGCUCGCCCAAGCUGUCGAUCUGUUCCUUGUAUGUGAAUCCAACUUUACUGCUUAUGGAGAGAGACGGCCUCUGAGUUUCCUGCGGCUCCUCCUCAAUGGUACGUAUGACUACAUACGUCACAAGAUCCUGUACGUGUUCCUUGACCACUUCCCAGAGGGCGGUCGGCAGGACGGCUGGAUUGCUGAUGACUACUUGCGUACCUUCUUGACACGCAAUGGCAUGUCCAGGGUGAUAGGCGCUAGGUCAGACGAUGUCUUCGUCAUCAAUGACGCAGAUGAAAUCCCAGCACAUGAGGGCCUCCUUUUCCUCAAGUUAUUUGAUGGCUGGACAGAACCUUUUGCCAUCCACAUGCGCAAGUCAUUGUAUGGAUUUUUCUGGAAGCAGUUUGGCUCUUUAGAGGUGGUAUCAGGUUGCACAGUAGGGAUGCUCCGGGACGUCUACGAUGGUGAUGGCAUCAAACUGCGCCGGCGUGAAUACUACACCAUGCCAGGUUUCCGCAAGUAUGAAAACGACACAGGCCACAUUCUGGUGCAGUGGUCAGUGGGCAGCCCCUUCCACUUUGCUGGGUGGCACUGCUCAUGGUGUUUUACGCCAGAGGGGAUCUACUUCAAGCUGGUGUCGGCACAGAAUGGAGACUUCCCGCGUUGGGGUGACUACGAGGACAAACGAGACCUUAACUACAUCCGUGAUCUGAUCCGGACGGGGGGUUGGUUUGAUGGCUCCCUGCAGGAAUAUCCUCCAGUGGACCCCAAAGAGCACAUGUAUGCCCCCAAGUACAUGCUGGAGCACUAUGACAGAUACCGCUACCUCCUGGAGAACCCUUACAACAAAGGGACUGAGUGAGGGCUAGGAGUUCAGCUGGGCAAAAAUAUGUGAAAUAACUAGUAGGGCCUGAGUGGGUCCUCAGCACUGAGUUGGGGGGAGCAGAACGGUACUGACGAAUUACAUCUCUCAUUGGAGUGAUACCUAAAUGUAUCUCCACCAGGCAGCACUGAUGUUGCAGGGAUUUAAAAUCUCUUAAAAAUCAUUAUUUUGGGGUCAAAAAAGGGAACACUGAAUCACAUCCACCAUGGAUUUACAGGAGAGAGGAUACAACCACUGGAUAAACAAAAUCAUAGAUGUCCUCAUUCAUCCCUUUUUGGGGGGAGGAGCCAAGCUAUCUCUCUUUUUGUCACCCCACCCCUGUCCUCCCUUUCUUCACCUAAGCCAAUUCUGAGAGAAAGGGGUCGCUCAGAGGAAAAAAUAAGGGAUAUUUUCGCAGGCGUGUGAAACCUGUGUAGAGGAGAAACUUGGGAGUGAAGGACUGUUCUUUUUUUUUCUGUCUGUGUUUACUAAAGUUUACAGACCUGCCGAUGUUCCAGCUUCACUCCUCGCCUUCAGAUGUCUUCCUGUCAUAUUUGGUGACCUCCUUUCAGAAACAGACCGUUCAGAUAUUUUUUUUCUUGGGUCUCAGUAGAAAAUUAUAAAUCAUAUUUAAACCCUGCUGGAGUGCCCAUCGCCAAAUGAAAAGGAAUGACUCCAUGGAAAUAUUUCAGCUCAUUCAUGUACUCACACAUCCACAUGCACCUUAGACCUGUCUGUGUGUCUGUGUUUUUUGUAAAAAAAAAAGUGUGUGUGGUCUGUCUUUGUAUCAUAUUGUGAGGUUCGGGGAUGUAAAGGGUGGUGAGGGGCAGAGGCAAGAUCAGUGAUUGGGAAUAGAGAGCAAGAAAGAAGCAUCGGGGGGGACAGGGAAGAAGGACAGCAAGAUGGGAAAGACAGCACGAGGGAGACAGAAGGCAGGAAAGAAAGGAGAAUAAUGAGGGAGGAAGAGAGCAGUGAUGAAAAGGAGCGAAAAGGAGAUUCGUUCCCAUCCCCACAGCGAUAUGCUGACGCACAAGAGAUGUUGCAGGAAUGAGUGUGCAGAAUGUGUGUGUGUCCCCAGAGAUUACAGAUAGCUCUGAAUAAAUCAUGGCCUGACGAUUGGCAUCCGAGACAGAUGAAACUUAGUAUGUCUGAUAAGAACAAUCGAGACUGGUUGGGGAAAGAUCACCCUUCAGUUCCAUCUCGCUGUCUGUCCAGUAGCUGAGAUUACUUUGUUUCCCUGGAAACUAAAGCAUGUGAAAAAGAGAGAUGGGAUGGGUGUUGUUUAGAUGAGUGGGUGGGUUCACAUCAGGCAAGGAGCUGCCGUGUUCAGACAAAGUCAUCGCCAACUACAGGUCCCCCUCGGUUAAAUAUGCCUCUCUCUCCUCAGCUGUCAAUCGCCCACUCUCUGAAAAUGACUCUUCCUAGCUUUUUCUUUCUCCUCUUGUGUCUUUUUUUUAUGCUGCUGUCUUUUUUUCUGUCUUUGGUGUGUGUGUUUCCUCUUAAUCUUCAGUAACAAGGCAUAUUUUUUUUCCUCUCUUCAAUUCAAUUAUUCUCUAUUCUAUAAUUAUUCUCUCUUUCACACGUUCCCCUUUCUGUCAAAAACUUUGAAAUGAGUCUUCCUCUAACUCUCCUUCACCCACACCUACACACACACACACACACACACAUUUACACUGGGUCUCACACUCCAUUUUCAGUGUGUAUGUGUUUCCUCCUAAUCCUCACAAGAAUUCCCCAUUUCAAUAACAGGGAUGUAUUUAUCUUCGCUCCGCCUCAUUUCUCUUCCCCUGUCUCUACAGGACAGGGCAGCUGUUACCAUGGCGAUGCCUUUCACUCUGCCCACAGAUCACUAUCAUCUGAACAUUUAGGCAUGAGCGCUCAUGCCUCUUGUCUUCUCCCUGUUGUAAACGGCUGUCAAUGUGGCUCGAUGCCUGAAUCCCCACCCUGAAUUGUUGACAAUUUGGCCUGCAUACUUUUCUCUGAGGGUGUGUGUCAUGUGGGCUGAGGUCAUUGGGGAGCCAGGGUUAUGAUCUUGUCAAGGCCAAGGAAAUCAUGGCAGCAAUAUUUACAGUAGGGAACAGUUAUGGAAGUUAAACAUAUAGCAGGCGAGUAUUGAUCAAAAGCAGUAAACACAAUGAUUUUUCUUUUAAUUGCAGAUUGACUGCAUCCACCAUCUGCUUCUCCACUGCCUGUCUGGACUUUACAGAUACUGUUUACCUCAGCUUCAGGCUAGACACUGUUUCAAGGUGAACAGCUCCUCAAGAGGAAUAACAAGUUUUGGGGAGUAAACUUGAUAAGUUGCUGAAGGGAAAUGCUGGGACUGAGAAUGUUUUAAAACCUAAAGGCAAAAGUUUGAUGUUGCAGGUUUAGGUUUCACUGUGCCACCUUACUGGAAGUAUCCUUGAGUAAAACAUUCAGCCACAACCUCCUCACUUAUAAUGUAGUCCAUGUGCAUUAUGUUGUCAGCUGAAAACUCUCAAGUUUAAUGAAAGUUUAUGGAUGAUAAUUGAGUCAGUAGCAUCAGUGUUUGUGUCCUUCAGUCCACCAUGCUGGCUCUUCAUGGCUAUAAGCUCAUGGUGGGAAAAUCAGAUUAGCCAACAGGCUGCUGACAGUUGUGUCGGGUCUGCACUGCUGCCUCGAUGGCAGCGAGUUCUGUGGUGGCAGCUGUUAGGGGUUUGGUGUUGGUGUUGAGAGCCAAAUUCCCAUCCAAAUCCAGAGGGGCUGCAGAGAAACGAGCUUUAAAUAGGAUUUGACAUGAGACGACAAAGUAGACAACAACAAUGCCUACACUUGGCUUAACACUUUAAGAGUGUAUAUUUCCGAGACGUUAAGUAAUGAAUUCAGUUUAUCUGGAGUAGGUGGUUGAGGAUCCAUUUAGAAAUAAAUGACUUAUCUGCUGUUUUUUGGCAUUUUUGGCAACUGUCCAAGCUCAUCUUUGAACUUUUCUAGCAUACUACUGAUGAGUAUUUUCUGAUCCCAACAGUUAACACAAAACUGACACAGCUCUAUCUAAUUUGAUUUACAAAACACAAACAAAACUUCCCUACUUCCCUCUUACUUCAUGGCCUGAAACCACAACGAUGUGCAGCCUCAGUCAGUCAGUAUGGUGAGCUCAUCCUCUCAUUUACAGGCUGCUAUACGCAAAAAAAAAAGAAAUAUGUGCUUUGUAGCCAAACGUCAUCUCAGAAAUGUGACCACAGGGGUGUCGGUUCAGUCCCAUCAAGGGCUGGGGUGUGUGUGUUUGUGUUUAAGCUCUGCCAAGAGGCAUUUAACCACAGUUUUACUCCCAGCUUUCAGGCUUGCUGCAGUCAGGCUACACAUCUGGUGAACAGCGUUUGUGUGUGUUUACAUAUCAGUAUGUAUGCUAUGCACUUUUAAAAUCAUUUGUGUGCGUCUCUGUGUGUGAGAGAGCGAGUGAUAGACAGUGAGUCAUACCAGAUAAGGGUGUCUGGCCUGCUGAAAGACAAGUCGGGGUUACUUCACUCAGCCUGUUGCCCCAUUAUCGCCAUGGCAACCAUCCUCUUGAUGAAUUCCUGAGAUCCCUAAGAGCCUGAGGUCAUCAGCUAAGAUAGCAGACCAGUAGGAUAAGAGAUGAGAGAGAGCAGAGGGAGGAUGAUUAGAAAGAGAAAUAAAAACUCUUUUCCACUACUACUUACACCACCUGACCCAGGUAAAAAUAAAUAAAUAAAUAUAAAUAUCACAGCACUGCAGAGCUGAGAAUAGUGACACAUCCAUGCAGUGUACACCAUUACCUACCACACACCUCCUUUUUUUUAACAGUUUGUGUUUUUCAUUGAUUUGACUGACUCAUCACAGCAAGCAGGCAAUUUGCAUGAGGCGCAGGAAAGCAGGAAAAACACUUUUUUUAACAUAAGCCAGGAAUAAAACAUGAAUGGCAAAUGUUUUUUGGACUGAGCAAAGACAGGAAAGCAAGAAAAAAGAGAGAGUCCUGUUUCAAACAAAGCCAAGGCUUGAUGAAUGGAGACUCAAAUCCAAAUAAUCCCUCCACCGCUAUUCCCAGUGACAGUAUUAUUGGAUGAAGCGUGGUCAUGACACAGGGGAGAAGAGGGAGGUAAUAAACUUGACCAAACGGCUUUGAUUUUUUACUUUGAUGAGGGAAAGUCAUCACAGCCAUGAAAUGAAAAUCGUCCAAAUGAAGGGAGCAGCUCAUCAUCCCUAUAAAAGGGAAAUCUAUAAACCAGUGACAGUUUAAGUGAAAACGAGGUUGAACGACUGAAGCGCUGUUUGUUUGAUAUGAACAUCAUCUUGAAUCUUAAAUCUUGAAUGAUGAAUCAAAAAAAUCAAUAAAGCAAUAACAUAUAGGAAAGGAAAGACGUAGAGCCUAAAACCACAAUUUAGCCCAACCUUUAUUUGAUUAGAUUUUCUCGGGCACUCCGCCAACAAGUAAUCUGCACUAAACAUGGCUGCAUGCUUCAGGUGAUUGGAACAGAGGAAACACAUUAAGGGUAAAAUGCAAAACUGUAAACAAGAUGGAGUGAUGCCGCUGCAGACAGUGGUUUGGAGUUGUGUUGCUAGGAUACAGCUCAUUGCUGUCUUGAUUUCCUUUUAGUUAUUGAUAUUUGCCAUAUGAGACACAAAUGGACCCAUUUAGAAGGUUGGAGGAGCUUUCUAAAGAAAUAUUUACGUUGUUCUCUUUGCAGGUUGUCUGCUACAGUUUACUUAGGCACCGAUCAGUGUCCAGUUAACUGCUGGAUAUCAGACUAGCAGGCAGUUCUUCCCUGACUUUUAGUAAACACAUUUUCUUUGCAGAAAUGAGCAGUUUUUUGAGUUAUUUAGGAUUAUUGUUGCAUAUGAUUUAUGUACCUAAAGGCUUAAAGGGGCACUGCAGUGAUUUAGUAUUGGACUUCCAUAAACAUGAGGGAAUUGCAAGAGACAGAUAAAAAAUAAUGGUCAAAAUUGGUGCAGCAAAGGCCAAGAUGUCCCUAAGAUAAAACUGGAUCUUACAUUUCCUGGAAUGCUCAACAUUAUGUAACUAUUUUUCACAGGCUGUGUACAACUAACCAGUGACUAGUAAACCGAUAUUUAUGUGUUAAAUUGUUGAUGACCUUUUAAUCUGUCCCAAAACUAGACAGCUUUGAAGAUACGGAGCCAAAACAAACCACAAACAUCAGUCUAAACUGAUCACCAUCAGCCUUUAAAUCUCCCAUUUAUUGGACCAGCCCUUCUUUCAGCACACAAACACAAACACACAUCGUCAGCAGGUUUGUAGCAUUCAGCAUAUGUGUAUCCUGUACAGAUGUGUUUCUGCAGAGCUGUGUUAGCCUACCACCACCAUCACCCCCCAUCUGUUGUUGUGCUUGUAGAGCGGCUGACUGGCUGCCUGUCUACAGGGUUUACAUGCCUUCACGACUCUGGCCUCCCGCCAGCCCUGUAGCUUGCACCGAUUGAUCUUUUCCAAGAAACAUUAGCAGCAGGCAGGACGGAAAUCAAGAAGAGGAGGGUGUGGGGGUGCAGAGAAAAGAGGGUCCCUCUUUGACUCUGUUGUUGAGGUCAUUUCUUUCUUUUUCCCUCUUUCUGAUGGCUCCUACAUGGGUCUGGAAAGUGUGUAAACCUUUAGCUAGGUAUGAAAAAGAGCCAGUGUACUCCCUUUGUACUACUUUUUUCCUUAGUUUUGACCCAUCAUCAUCUCAUAUAUUCAGAAGUUUAUAGCUGUGAGUAACAAUCUUUAUGAAUGAAACACUGCAGCUAAAUCACACUGAACACUUUAAGUGUUGUAUCAGUUCAAGAAAUUAAGUAUUUGGGGGUGAACCAGCACACGCCUCUUGUCAGACCGUAGCAACAGAGAGCUGGUGUUGUUGUCGCCUUGGCUGUAAACAUGUUGUUAUUCUCCUCAUUUAAGCCACGGAAAGCGUUCACAUUCCAGAAGCUGAGCAAUCACAUUAACUCCGACAGCUGCAACGAUGUGUCACCACUGAUUGGAAAUUACUUGGUGUUACUAACCACAAGCAUCGCCCAAACAAGUGCAAGUCUUUAACCUACUUUUUUUGUGCUCAGUUUCUGAGACCAUCCAAUAGUAUUAAAGGGGACGGUUCACCCAAAUUACAGAAGAAGAAACAUUUUCCCAGUUCCCUUGAGUGCAGCAGUAUCUAGCCAUGCAGAUAGUGCUGCAACACAAACAACUCCAUUCCCAGACUGUGUUGAAGCCUUAGAGAAAACUUGAUCCAAAAAAGGGAAAAAAAACUACAUUGACAAAUUACAGCAGAGGUAAAGGAGAAAUGUUUUGUCAGCUAACAAGGUGACAUGAAUAAGAGCACAGAAAAAAUAAUUAGAUCCAUGCAAUUCUGUUAUAGACAGGCAAACUGCAUAUGCUGAUGAGGAUCGUGUAAACAGUUCGGAACAGCUACUAAACAGACCCUGUGGUUUUCUUAACUGGUGUUUCCUAGGUCGAGAAUGAACCUUUAUUUGUUUUGUAAUUUAGGUGAACUGACCCUUUAAAGCAGUUUACAGUGUUGGAAGGUUAACAGGAAGCCUUGCAGUGUUGUGUUCUUCCACUGAGAACUAAAACCCUCCUUUUGUUUAUGGGUCUUUUAAUGAGUAAAUCAAUUGGGCGCGGUUCAGUUUUGUUCAGAAAAACAGCCAAGUUGUGUAAAAGUUGCAUGGAAAAUAAUUUGCCCUAUCACACAACAGACUGAGCUUCAGUUCUCUAAAGAAACACAUCAAAUUAACCAGCAGUUAAGAAAAGAAACAGUGGAAACAUUCAUGUUAUUGACUGGGAAACUCUUCCCCUGUAAGAAUGUCUGAUGAACAUGCCUGGUAUUUAUAAGGUGUGUGAGUGUAUGUGUUUGUAAGUCAGGAGUCAUAACACGUCUGACUGUGUUCCAGGACAGAUUGUUGGCUUCAGGGUGGGUGUGAGACCAGUCUGGUCCUGGUGUCCAUAUGUUGUGACAUUGCAGAUCAAAAAGAUGAAAGUCAGUGUAGCACUGCAGAGACAGAUGGACACAGUGACACAUACAUGCGCGAAAAGUCAGGCAAGCAGAUAGGCCGACACCUGGCUGCAGAUCAAAUGGCAUCAGAAACUGGAGGGAAGGGUCGGGUGUUAAAUGUGUGUCUCUUUCUGCAUGUGUAGCUAUUAUAUAUUAUAUAUAGCUAUCGAAAUAUGGCUAUUUUUAAUGCUUCCAAUUAUAGGAAAUCUUAAAAUCUGAAGUAUUUCUUUGCAUUACAUUAAAUAUUCAUGACAAAAUAAGUAACUAUCACAGUAAAAGAAAUAGUCCGGCACUUUGGGGAAAUACUCAAGGAAACUGUCCCUGUAAAACAGUAUUUGUUUAUUUGACAGAGCCAGGAUAGUUGUUUCCAGUCAUUGUGCUAAGCUAAGUUAGCCGGCUGUUCAGCGGUAGCUUCUCACUCAGUACAUAGAGACAUGAGUGGUAUGAAUCCUCUCAUCUAAUUCUCAGCAAGAAAGUGAAUGACCACACAUUCCCAGAAGAUCAGACAUUUUUUUAAUGCUCAGACUUAAUCUGCUGCAUCAGGAUUGUGUGGGUGCGGUUUGAUUAGAUUUGAUUUGCAGUAGCCCAACAACCCACUUACUGUCAACAAAUUACAAUUCAAAUACUGCCAAGUGUUUGUUGGUUGCACAGAAUUACAGGACACCACCUUUUUCCUCACAAAGUCUCACUCAUAUCAGUAAGGAGAGUUCUGUAAACUCAGUAAGAAGAGUUCAGAGAAAAAUACAAAAGCUCAAAUAUGAAAUAACAGAAUAUAUGCUAGCAUAUAUGCUAUGCUAUAUAAAUAGCAGAAAUGGUGUGUUCUAGUAGAACCUCAGUAAUAAGAUGAUUGAGAAAAUGGCUUUUCAGGGUGUUUAAUACUACAGCACACAGUAAUGUCUUAGAUAACAGUAUUUUUCAAACUUUGAUGCAAUAGUUUGGGAAGGGCCUCUCCCGUUUCAACAUGAGAAAGCACCAAUUGCCUAAGUUCACUGCCCGACCUCACUAAUGCUCUUAGCAAAUCCCCACAGCCAGAAAAUCUUUUGAAAAGCCUUUCUAGAAAAAGAGAGUCUGGUAUAACAGCAAAUCCAUGCCCAUGGCUCUGGAAUGGGGUGUUCAGCAUCACAUAUGCGUGUAAUGUUCAGGCGUCCACACACUCUUGGCCUUUUAGUGUGUUUAUUCCUUGUGUGUGCAUGUGUGUGUGACUUUGCAACUCGAGCCCGCCUGCAGUUCUAAGAAACUUUCUGUCCCUGAGCGGCCCGACCUUGAACUGAGACAGAGGCAGAGAAAGAGAGGGUUACAGGGUGAGAAAAAGGCAAAUGGAGGGGAGGGAAGAGUUGAGGGGAAGAGGGCGAGAGUGAGCCUCCAGAGGGGUUUAAAUUCCCUGCAAUCAGAAACAGAGACAGAUGGAAAGAGGGAGUGACAGAUCCUUACAAUCACAGACUCUCCACAGUUAUAGUCUCUGCCCCCUUUUUUGUUUUGUUUUGUUUUUGCACUUAUGCUUUUAUGUGAAGUCAAUCGAUGUGUCUUUCCAUCUGGGGUUUUGUUUUAAAAGUUUUAAUAUUGUUUCUGGUGGAAUUCUGAGGAACAGAGAGGGAGGGGCGAUGAGCGUCCCUGGCUCUCUGUUUUUCUAUUUAACUUUGUUUUUGUACUUCUUUUUGUAACUUUAUCCACUUGGCAGCUUGAUAUUUAAUGUCUUUUUAAGGCGGUAUGUGUGCGUGUGUAUGUGUGUGUGUGCGUAUGUGUGUGUGUAAGCUCAUAUGCACCGUCUCAGCCUACUGCUAGAAUAGACUUCACCUCCACCUCACAGAUCUUUUACCUCCUUUGAUGCCGUGAAGGGGACUUCAUACUGUGGCAGCCAUCUUGUUUGCUUUCUGUGACUGGUUUGUUGUUUUGAUGACAUCAUAUUUUCCCUGUGACCUUAACAGCACCACAUAACCUCUUGAUUCAUGAGUUGCUAUUUUAUUCUAUUUUUUUAUAUGUUGUUUUUCUUCAAGGUUUUUCUUCAGAACUCAUUGUGACCUUCACACACAGCAGAUACACUCACAGAUAACUGCAGCACACACACACAUAUACCUAUGUGCACACCAAGACACACACACACAGUACAGCCUCUGUGUUGUGUGAUUGUGGCCGAGUCCUCUACUGGUCAAACAGUCGGACUACUGUAGCCACUCUGUUUGUGCCCUCACUGUUAUGCGAUCGCUAUGAAGGCUCGCCAUUGUGCGACCAAAAACCAUUUUUGUCAUCGCUCAGCCACUCAGAACCGGUUUGGGCCAGAGCCCCAACCCGAGAGGAACCCAAGAUACACACACACACACACACACACACACAAGAAUUGCAAUUUUUGCCCUGUUCUUUUGUUUAAUGUUCUGUGUCUGUCACACAGCAAAGUGGUGCUGGUUUAAUGCUUUUUGUUUCCUGCUUCUUUUUCCUCUUUUGUCACUGACAUCCUCUGUUUUUACUCCAAAUAGACAAAGAUGUCAAAAAAACACACACAAAAAAAGAAAGAGAUGAUUCUUCUCUUUUGGAAGAGAGCUUUUUAUUUGAGUUGCAUGCUGAAAUGCAGAUAGUACUUCUGCCUGUAAAACUAUGAAUUGCACCUUAUUGGAGGGACGUGGUUUUUGUUUUGUGCAUACAUAAAUAUAAAUGGGGGAUGUAUAAUAUUUUUCUUUGUUUUUAAUUUUGAUAAAAGAUGUAACUGUUAGCUAGUCAGGCAAUGUAUGUAUCUUAAACAGGGUUAUGAUUUUUUUUAUGGUUAUUAACGGCCGAUUUUAUCAUCAUUGUUUCAGUCACUGGUGUUUGUUGUGGGACGGCUUCAUUAAGCAGCAUCAGAGGAAUGUGCCAGAGACUGGUGAGCAUGCAAAAAGUCCGACACAUUUCCAAAAAUAGAUUGUGACACUGAAAAAAAAAACAAAAACUUUCCAUCUUCACUCUGUAAAAC